GUAGAAUCAUACAAGAAAACUGGACCCUCUCAGUGCCACACUUGCCAACGAUUCGGCCACGGAUCCUGAAAUUGCGUAAACUCACCUCACUGCGUCAAAUAUGCCGGCUUGCACUUCACCAACGAAUGUACCAAGCCCCAUGAUCAGGCCCCAACGUGCACAAACUGUAAUGGUGCUCACAUUGCAAACUUCCGCGGUCGUCCAUCAUUCUCCGAAAUUGCUAAAAAUUUCACAACAAAAUCACCCACGUCAUACAAUCAGCCAUCAAGCAAAUCUACCUAGCCUCCAUCCUUACAUCAAAAUAAUUCCACUCCAGCUACUCAACCAGUACCUGGAAAUCUCCCCACUCAGCACCUCAACUACGCUAACGCUACCAAAAACAAACAAAAAAUUCUAUACCGGAAUUCAAACGUCAUCAAAUCCAAAACGAUUGAAUUAUAAGCGCUCAUGGAAAAGACCAACGUUGAUAUCGUUUUAUUAAAUGAAACCGAAUUAAAACCUCUCGAACAAUUAAAACUCAGUAAUUAUCAUGUCUAUCGUUCUGAUAACACUUCAGGCUUACGCUGUCACGCCUGCGGUGGCACCCCGCACUAGUUCAUCAUAGAAUAGUGCACAAACGCAUUAUUAUACCAACGACAAUUUUAUUAACCGCCGUUGAAAUAUCCAUGGGCAACUACCAAUUACAAAUUUCCGCCGUAUACGAGAGCUCGAACAUACCACUGAAAAUCAAUGACUUAAACGCGCUGACCAACGGCAACCAUUGGUUUGUUAUUGCGGGCGGCCUUAAUGCAAAACACCUACUCUGGCACAGUCGUUGCUCUAACGCCGCCGGCAUCAUAUUUUAUAACCACACUCUAUAGGACGAUUACACCAUUACAGCUCCGGACACUCUAAUUAACGUUCUUACCGGUUGUUACAGUUCACAGACCUAACGUUUUAGACAUUGCUCUAAUCCGUCUCCCACAACUCUCAUGCGAUGUUACUAUCCUCAACGAACUUUCUUAUGACCACAAUCCAGUACUACAUAUAUUGUCCGACUCUCCAAUCACCUCCUCAUCAACGCAAACUACAAGUUGCAUUAACUGGCCAAAAUACAUGGUCAUUAUUAGUUCCCUUUCUCCUUCAACCUACUAGCCAAUCAAAACGCCCCGAGACAUCGACGCGGUUCUCGACUUGCUGCACCUAGACUGUUUCUAGUGUUAUGGACUUUCUUUGAAGGUCCGUUUGAGAUAGACGAAACGCCAUAUCUUUUAUUCUUGCCUCGGCCAUCUAUAUGGACACCCAUAGCGAGGUUGGAGGUUUGCUGCUGUUGUAUACCAGUAUGACAGGACCGCUUGAUAGGACUGCCAGAAGGUGAAAUGAUGCAAUGGUGAGAUGAUGUCUAGGCUAAGUACUGCAAGACUUGCUGCUAUGACGCUGAAUGUUGACUGGUUGGGUCAAAUUCAGGAAGUUUGGAGUAGGUCGAUACGCCGUACCGCCUAGCAAACAGUGAGUGGCGCAACGGCACGUCACAGCAAUGAGCAGCGGACAGCCGCGAUUGUGUAGGACUUCUGUGUCUCGGCGAUGUCAGGGCACGGCCUGACGACGAGAGGGCAUAACGGAUUAGUCAAGGUGGGUUCAGGUCUGCAGUUUGGCUGUAGACGAGUGGUCGCAUGAACUGCUGGAACGAGAAUGAUGAUGCCUUCAACAUUCACUAUCCCUCAGUAAAACCCCCACUUAUCACGGCUAUCCUAAAGUAAAUAAAAAUAACACACCCUUGCAACACUUCACAAAGAGUGUAAAGGCUUAGACUGGUACUCUACAUAGGCCACUAGCCGACCAUUCAAAGUAAACUGCAAACUAAUGAUCAUUACUAAACACAGUUUUACUUACUUAACAAUUCGAUUGAAUUUUACUCAUAACCAGCAAUGGCAAGAACCAAGCAAACAGCCCGUAAAUCGAUGGGAGGCAAGGCUCCCAGGAAACAGCUGGCCACCAAAGCCGAACGUAAGAGUGCACUAGCUACCGGAGGUGUAAAGAAGCCACAUCGUUACCGUCCGGGAACAGUCGCUCUCCGUGAAAUCCGUCGUUACCAAAAGAGGAUAGAACUUUUAAUCCGCAAAUUGCCCUUCCAACGGCUUGUGCGCAAGAUCGCCCAGGACUUCAAGACCGAUUUGCGUUUCCAGAGCUCUGCCGUCAUGACAUUGCAAGAGGCGAGCGAAGCGUACUUGGUCGGUCUUUUCGAAGACACCAAAUUGUGCGCCAUCCACGCCAAGCUUGUCACGAUUAUGUCAAAGGACAUCCAAUUGGUUCGUCGUAUCCACGGAGAACGUGCCUAA